UUCCUCCAUCCAUGAAACUCACCACUGCCACACAGCAGUAAAUCAGUGUAUAUUUGGACGAACAAGCAAUGUGUCAUUCGGAAGUGUAUAGUUCACUUUUCUAUUCCAGCUCACACAAAGAGACGGCAUGCAUAAAGGCACUUGUGUUCGCCGCUGUCCAGUGAGGUUAAUACAGAAACUAUGACAGAAAUUUUUGGCAAGCAUCCAUAUCAGCCAAUCAUAUCGAAUUUCUGUAUUUACUAAGAAGAUCUUGAAUAAUUGCCUUUCAAAACAUAUUACUCGUAUCCGUCGUCCUACUAUUUAUAAUGGUAAAAUGAUUUUAAUGUUUCAAAAGGUUAUAAUGCGACCCGUUUUAUGAAUUUAAGGAAUUUUAGUAUCGAUUUUCAACGAAAACACCUGCAGAGAUAGGGCUGAAAUUUUGUGAAAGGUAAUUAUUUGGCUGUUCUAGUAGAAUAAUCCCGGAAAAGGUCAAAGAGGCUGUACCGAGGAUUUGUGCAAAAAAUAUAUCAGCGCCAAUCCAAUCGAAUUCUUUGCGAAAAAAUUCCCCAGUAUAGCCUCUGUAAGCUCUUUCGGUAUCUCAAUUUAUGUUUCAUGGAAACCGUGUAAUUUACAUUGCAGCCAUUAAAACAGUGAAACAACUGGAGCUGGGCCAUGUGCUAAAAAUGAUCCUUGACUCUGAGACACAAUUAACGAUCUACAACCUGCUGAUACACCCGGAUAAACUGGAAAUCGGGGAUAAAAUAGGAAAAGGAGCCUUCGGGACGGUGUACUAUGGUCGUUACAAACCCGAUGACAAUCCACUGCACGCCAAGGAAGUGGCUGUCAAGACCCUUAAAGAAAAUUGCGGCUAUUCUGACAUCAACGGUUUUAUGAACGAGGCUUUGGUCAUGUCGGAUUUCAACCAUCCUAACGUGCUAGGCCUGACAGGCGUCUGUAUCCAAGAGGAUACGGAUAUACCCAUUAUCGUUCUUCCUUAUAUGGAACACGGUGACCUAAAAACCUAUUUACGUCACUUCCGGUAUGAUCAGGAUGAAGCAGACAAGGCGCCUGACUUCCCUCAGUUAUUGGGGUUCUGUCUUCACAUCGCACGAGGCAUGAACUACCUGGCCCAGAUGAAGUUCGUGCAUAGGGAUUUGGCAGCCAGGAACUGUAUGCUGGACGGUAACAUGGUGGCUAAAGUGGCCGACUUCGGAUUGACCCGGGAUAUUUACUGCAGCAGCUACUACAGACAAGACAGGAACAAACUGCUGCCGAUUAAAUGGAUGGCUCUGGAGAGUCUUCAAGACCGAGUCUUUACCACUUACUCGGACAUUUGGUCAUUCGCGGUGACGGUUUGGGAGAUCCUCACCCUGGGGAAAGUGCCUUACCCUGAUCUAGAGAACUAUCAGAUCCUUGGCUACCUGGAAAAUGGUGACAGGCUAACAAAACCGGAUGUCUGCACCGAUGGGCUGUAUCAGCUGAUGAUGAACUGUUGGGACGAAAACCCGAAAAGUCGUCCCCCUUUUUUAGACAUUGCGAAGCAACUGGAAGAUACAUUAACAGGUCUGUGUGGUUAUCUAGACCUCGGGGAGGAUGUGACGUCAUCACACGUGACUGCCACGUCACGGAGUGCAGCGCGCGCCAUGUACUCCAACGUCAGCACAGACGGUCAGUCAUAUUCCAGCGCUGAACUUAUGUUACCAAGAAAUCCCCGUAGUGUAUACGGAGAUUACCGCGAAAUAGGGAAGAAAUAAAGAUAGCCCUCCGUCAACCAUACCUAUCCCACUGUGACAGGGUUUUAUACAACACGUUACGCGAUCCAUGGCUGAUUCUAAUGACCACUUUUACAUCGUUAAGGGCCGUUUUCACCAGAACCGCUGCGCUUCUAAACGCGGCUCCCACAUCGUUUAACCCGUGGUGAAGUGUUUCCACACCGCGGUAAAAUCACAAUCACAGCGCAGGAAAAGCCGAUUUCUACAAGCUACCUCAACAAUACCUCUGAUUCGCCUUGUCAAAGAGGACUGAGUUUUUUUCAACUUCCAAAUCAAAGAGCACUGAAAUUUUUCAACUUCCAAAAUUUUUGCGCCAUCUUUCACUUUGUGAUGUUUCUAGAUACACAGAAUAAAUAAUGUACAUUUGCCCGUACUAAAUGCGCGACAAUUUCUACCAGAUAAUCAAACCAAUAGAUCCAACGGAAAACGCAGUGAAAUCAGCCGAGGUGGUGACUGGAUGCGGAAAACGCUGCGGCUGUUUACAUUGCGAUUCCUCCUGCGAUUUCAUGGGAGGCAGUUGUACUUAUUUACAUUAGAAGUGACCCACUGCCGGUGCCGCGGCGGGAACCGUUGCGGGAAUCGCUGCGAUUAUCGUUCUCAGUGGAAACGGCCCUUUGUUAGACGUUGAAACGUUGGCUGAAAAGACAACACAGACUGCUGAUU